AUGGCUAUGGACACUAUGGCUGUUGAGCUGCCGGAGCUGCCUGCGCACGCACCUUCGACUCCACUCGAGGAAACACCAGAAGAAAAAUAUGAACGGCUACUACGUCGCGCGCGCACUGAGGACCUCAGCGAGGUGUCGGGCAUCGGCUGUCUGUACCAGAGCGGCGUAGACCGGCUCGGCAGGCCUGUCGUCAUCUUCAUCGGCAAGUGGUUCCCUAUCGGCGACGUGGACCUUGAUAAGCGAGAUCGGGCAUCGGCUGUCUGUACCAGCGGCGUAGACCGGCUCGGCAGGCCUGUCGUCAUCUUCAUCGGCAAGUGGUUCCCCAUCGGCGACGUGGACCUUGACAAGGCGUUGUUGUACCUGAUUUUGCUGCUGGACCCGAUAGUGCGCGGCGACUAUGUGAUCGCGUACUUCCACACGCUCGCAUAUAAAAAGAAUCUGAAAGCGUUUUACAUAGUGCACCCCACAUUCUGGACAAAAGUAACGAUCAAAGCGAAAGUGCACAGUCUGCCCGGCGUCGAAUAUCUGUACAGCGUCAUGCCGCGCGACCAACUAGAGCUGCCCGCCUUCGUGACGGAAUACGACAUGACGGUAAUGUAUACCUUACCGUACUGUAAGGUACUAUACUGUACUUCACUGUGCAGUAUUGUAACGCGCCACCAACUAGAGCUGCCCGCCUUCGUGACGGAAUACGACAUGACGAUAAACGGUCUCCAUUAUUUCCAACCGGACACGAACAACACGUAAGCGUCAUCAGCGGCCGCCGCUCUAUGGUGACAUUCCAAGACGCAACCAUAAACAAAACUAUCAAAUUUAAGGAAAAUAUUAAAAUGAUCCACAAAAAAUCAGUAAAUGAUCCCUUAAAAAAUACAAUUGGUAAUCUAAAAGUUAGGUAAGGUGACCAGUUGUAUUUUUUAGAUGAUCAAAUACUGUUUUCGUGGUCAUUCAAAAAAAAUUUAACCUCAUCAACUUUGCUACUAACAAUAAAGGCCGGCCUCCAAAAAAAACUACCAUUCAAACUGUUUAUUGUUACUGGCAACAUCAAACAAAUUGUGGCGGCAAAACUUGAUAAAGUUUAAAAAUGUCAUCAUAGAUGAAUCGACCAAUCGACUGUUACAUUGCGUAAGACGUGAUUGGACGAGCUUUAAAAAUAAUAAAGAAAGUCGAUUUGAAAAUUAAAAUUCAGGCCGCUCUGUUGUUGUUCCAAGUGAGAUUUUCAUACAAAACGAAUGAACGCAAGCAAAAUCAAAAUCGAAAAAACAUAUUUUAUUAACAAAAAAUCCUCCUUACAAUGUCGUUAGAUGGUGUAAUUUAAUAAAAAAAAUGGUAUUUAAAAAAUAAUAAUAGAUUAAAAAUAUUUUUGUGUGAAAAUUUCACUCGACUGUUUUUUGAGAUUGUUGAAAGUAUAUCAUGUAACUUAGUAUUAGAGGUGCAUUUUUAUAUUAUUUAACAGUAACGAUAGUGCUAAGGUUGUAUCGGACGUUUCAUGUGCUCUUCUAUAAUAUUGUUUAUAUUAUCUUGUAUUUUAUAUACCAGAAUCUAUUAUACUCCACGCGUUUUCUUCUACAAUUCUAUUAUUUACAUUUAACCAUUUCCAAAUGGCUACCAUUUAAGAGUGCUAUUCGAAUCUGCAAUUUGUGCUAUCCAUGUCUGACAUAAUAAUUUUAAUUUGGAACUGGCGCUUCAUAUUUCGUUAUUCGAAUUGUUAUUUGUCAUUUUGACAGCAGGUUGUCCUUAUCAUACUCUAUAGAGAGUGAAAAGAAGAGCUUGUUGCCAAGUUCACAAAUAGCAAGCACGAAUAGGCAAGCGAUGUGCCAGCAUGACGUUUACGUUUUACGUACUCGAGGAGAUGUAAACCUGCGACAGGGUAUUCGUUAGCGCCUAGAGGUUUAUUUUUUAAAAUCGAUGUGUACCCAGUUUGUAUUAGUUUAAGAUUUUUACGUGGGCCAAGGUACCCUAAAGUAAUUGUUCCGAAAUGGAAACAUUAUUGUUUUGAAGGUGCUUGAUUGCAAAAUGAGAAUAUUUUUAUUUUUACAUUAGGUGUUCGAAAAUAGGCUUAAUUAAUUAUAUUAUAUACCUAGAUGGUUGUAAAUACGCUGUUGAAAAUUUUCCUCAUGAUUUUAACCGCUUGCGUCGUAGCGGAGUACGUCGGAUACUAUUAAAAAUCUAUAUAAAAUGACGCAAUCGCGUGCAUAACAUACAUUAUGUCUGUAUGAAGUUUUUUAAAUAAUAUCUCUCACUAAUAAAUUAUCUUUCGAAUCAUCUGUAUAAGCGCAAUUUACUACAUUAUCGCCUGACGAUCAAUAUCUAUUUAGAGGUUAAUCGUUUUAAUAGUGAUACGUUUGCCCUGUAUCGACAUAACCAGAUAUUGAGAGUUUGCGCUAUAGAAUAACUUCUAAAUGUUAAUUCUCUUAUGAUAUUAAAUUCAUUGUAGUAUUCUGAACGUUUUAAGCUGUACGGUAGUGUUGCCAAAAAUAAAAUGUAAAAAACACCACUGCCACACUCGCUGAAAUCUAGAUUCUAAUCUAGAUUUUUUCGGUUCGUUGGUGCCACAUGGGCGACAGUUUAAAAACCUACGUAAUUUCUUCUUUCAAAUGUUUAAUACUUGUAAAGGUAUUCGUUUGACAUUGUGGGUUACCUACAAUGCGAAUAGAUGGCGCUGCUGAUGGACACAGUCAUUCGGGUCGCGGUAGCAUAAUUGUACACAGUGCAUCCUCCCGGUUAGCGGAGAGCGUGGGUUAGAGUCCCGUCUGCUUCCUGGACCGCGUGGAGUUUUUUUCCAAUAAAGGUUUCUUUAAAUAAAUCAGUUUUUUACGGGUUAUAUGCACUGAGUUUAUUUAUUUAUUGACGUUUCGCAUCCUUUUCAGGAAUGCAUCAUCGGAAUAACGUAAAUAAAUAAAAAAAACAGUACAUAUAACCCGUAAAAAACUGUUUUAUUUAAUUAAUGAAGUGCGCGUAAACCUAAGAAACAAAUAAGAUUUCUUUAGAUUUAUACCGUAUGUAGGGACAAACGACGUUAUAGAAUCGUGUUCGCGUUUUUUGUACUUAAGUAAAUAAAUAGUGUUUUGAAUGACAUUCGCUAAACACUCUGAAGCUCCCAUGCUUGGACGGUUGUGUGACGUAUACAUGUUCGACCACUGACGCAAUACGAGCUGAUAACAAUGGUACAAAUACAGUAAUUAGUGAAGUUUAAAAAAAAAAAGUAAGUAACGGUAUAUUUUUUCUAAUAAUAAUAAUCUAAACAGUUGACCGAAACAUUGUGCCACACCUAUUUUAAGUUUUCUCGGUGAUAAAUAUUUUAUUACUAUCCUAUUUGUAGAGGGAAAUGUUGAUGCAAUAUUAAACGAGUGGUUUGUACGAUAUAAUUGAUAAAUGUCAUUUAAUUGAACUUUUUUUUUUACAACGCAGAUUGUAAAAUUAACCAUUAUGAUAACUAUUGUUAUGUAUACCCAUUUAUUUAUAGAGGCGAAAGAAAUAUUUUUUUAUGAAUCUGCUGUCCGUCGUUUUGUAAUCCCUUUCAUUAAAUUUUCUGUAGCAAUCCAUAUAAUAAUAUGAGAUUUUGUAAAUUAACGGGAAAUGUAUGCAUUAGCGGAAGUAUUGAAAUUAUAUCAACAAGGCCUUAGAUGUGUUAACUAUUGUUAUUUUGUACUCGUAAUAAAUAAAAUAUUGCGUUGUAUAUUUUAUUGCUGUUGACAUUUGAUCUGCGGAGUACAGUGAAAUUAUCGAGUUCAAGUAAAUAACUUAGGUGUUAUGUGAAAAAUGUGAUCAAGCAAAAUGUUAGUUAAGUUUCAUAUUUUAUUAUUAUUAAAUAGAUUGUUAAAUAGGCUAUGUACAUAUUUAACAAAUAAAAGAAUAAAAUUAUUAAUUUACUA